CUUAAAGCUUGCUCGAUAUUUGGCUUUUCUCGACACAGCUCAGAUCUUCCUUUCUAAUCGCAGUGUUCGUUCAAGCCUCAUUGUGUCAAUCGGCAAGUUCCAAUUAAUUACCUAUCUUCUUCUUGGACACUCUCCAAUGUUUAAUCUUGAUCUGCGGAAGUGCCCCAGCUCAUUUCGGAUCGCUCGUUGAUCGCGCUCUUGCGCAACAUGUCACAGUACCCUAGACAAAUCUUAAAGUCCGGAACCAGCGCGUAUGGGCUGUGAUUAGAAUGAUUUGUGCCACACUUGACCUGUCCUUCUACUCUGGCCGUUGCUCGUGCGAAAUGGGCCCUGGAUUCGAUCCCCAUGAUCCGACUUAAGGCCUGGGAAUGUGCUGAAGACCCCGUUCUUACUGCCUGUUUAGGAUGUUACCUUCCGAGUUCAUUGCCCAAGGAAGUGUAUGCACUCAACGCUAUAUGCCUGUGCUGGCUUACGGUCUUGAAGUUUAACUUUCCUCUCCUUUCAGGUUCUCGUUUCAAUAUCCUCGCCAUUCUAAUUGCAUUAAUUUGGCCUUCCGCCUCUUGGAUCUGGUGUAGUCCACUCGCUUUGCUUUGCUCGCACCUGUAGCAACGUCUGGAGGUACACUGACUGUAAAGUUGGAACAUGCGCUUCAAAUUCUGCAUACUACUGGCAACAUGUUGUCUAGCAUCACCUCUACUUGAUCGCGAAAGCCGAAAAGUCAAACGUGAGGUUCAAUUCAGUCCAAAUCAAGAGCGUGCAGACGCUGUUAAGGAAGCCUUCCUACAUGCAUGGGAUGGCUACUAUCGUUAUGCAUUUCCCAACGAUGAACUUCGCCCUGUUUCGAAUGGUUAUAGCAACGGAAGGAAUGGAUGGGGUGCAAGUGCUGUAGAUGCCCUCAGCACUGCCAUCAUCAUGGAACUUGUUAAUAUUGUCGAUGAGAUUGUCAAAUACGUGCCUACAAUUAAUUGGAGUUCGACUUCGUCUACCGUAUCCGUGUUCGAAACCACAAUUAGAUAUCUCGGAGGGCUACUGUCGAGCUACGAUCUCCUGAAUGGCCCAUUCUCGCAUCUCAUUGAGAACGAGGACUUGGUGAAUGGACUUUUGCAACAAGCCAAAGAUCUUGCAGAUCAUCUUGCUCCAGCUUUCAACACAGCAACUGGAAUACCUGACAACAUGAUAAACAUUACGACUGGUGAGCUAACAACGGUGGAUCAAUCUACAGGCCUCGCUGUUGCCGGUACCCUUGUGAUGGAGUGGACUCGACUAUCGGAUCUAUUGAACGAGCCACAUUACGCAACUCUGGCUCAGACUGCAGAGAAUUUCUUGCUGAGGCCAACUUACCAAGAUCCAAACCACGAGCCAUUUCCUGGUUUGGAGGGUACUACAAUCAAUUUUACAACAGGUCAAUUUCUUGACGUCUACGGAGGUUGGGGCGGGGGAACAGAUUCGUUCUACGAGUAUUUAAUCAAGAUGUGGGUCUACGACAGGAACAAAUAUGGCGAAUACAAAGAUCGUUGGACGACUGCUGCGGAUUCUACGAUACAGUUUCUACUUCAGCAUCCUAGUUCCAGGCCUGAUAUAACCUUUGUUGCAAGUUAUGACGGCCAAUCUUUGGUAUCUUCCUCGGGACAUCUUGCAGGCUUCAUUGGAGGGAAUUUUCUCCUUGGUGGUCUUGUCCUAGAAAGGCAGGACUAUAUCGAUGCUGGUCUCCAAUUCACUGCUGCAUGGCAUGAAACUUACGUUGAAGAUGCCACGGGUAUUGGUCCAGAAAACUUUAGUUGGCUUCCUGAAUCAUGCGCUUCCAACCAAACGGUUCAACGCCGCCAGGUAACUAAUUCACAGCAGUUGCAUGACAAAGACUUCGAAGACUCCAGCGGAUUGGUUCGGGGGCAAGACUCGACGGUACCUUCAACUAGCCCAAUUGCAGUGCUGUCAGCAACUUCAAACAGUACUCCAAGUCCCGCAAGUUGCAGCCUUCCAGCUUCAGCGACUGCACAGGCCCAAUUUUAUGCCAAGUCUGGGUUUUACAUAACUACAGACAGUUAUGAUCUGCGCCCUGAAGUACUAGAGUCGUACUAUUAUGCAUAUCGCAUCACCGGUGAUACAAAGUAUCAAGACUGGGCCUGGGACGCAUUCGUAGCCAUAAAUAGCACCGCCCGCGUCGGCAGCGGGUUUUCCUCGUUCAAAGGCGUCAAUGGUGCCCAGAUUCAGUACGGAGACUUCCAAGAGAGUUUUCUAUUCGCGGAAGUGCUCAAAUAUGCAUAUCUCAUAUUUGCAGAAGACGGACCGUGGCAAGUUAACUUUGGAGGUAACGGCACGAAUGCGUAUGUUUUUAAUACUGAAGCGCACCCAAUCAGAGUCAAUACUUGAUUGGCAUUUCAAAGAGCGACAUGUACGAGACAAAAUGGGCAAUACUUCUGUAGAUCCUCUGUAUUA